AUGUUUGAUAAAUUUUGCAUUAGACAUUCAGCAUAAAUUCUUACUCAUUUUUGUUCAAAUCAAUUGUGCCCUUAAUUUCUAACAUUUUAUUGUACUCAAUGUGAGAUAAAGCAAUGCAAUAAAAAUUAUCAUCUACAGUAAUUUGAGAAUUUAAGCUAUUUCAUAAAUAAAUUAGUUUUGCCUUAUUUUGGUAUUUUUUAUCAAAUCAAUCUUAGAUACAAAAUAAAUUGAGUAUUGUAAACAAUAGAUGAAUAAAAUAAUUAGUAAUUUCAAUAUAAUAUAGGAUAAGAUCAUUAAUGAUUAUGAUAAGGCAAUUGAAAAAAUUAUUGAAUAGUAUCUUAUCUUUUUAAUAAAGCAUUUAGAAUAGAAGUAAUUCAUUUAAGACUGAAAUCAUAAGUUAAAUAGAUUUUCAAAAAUAAUAUAUGAUUGAAAAGUUGUAAGAAUUCUAAUAGACAAUGGAUAAGCAUUAUAAUGCUUAUAAAUUUUCAUAUGAUCAGAUAAAAGCAGUUUUAAAUGUUUAGGAUAGCAAUGUUCAUAUUGAAGAACAUUAUAGAUAGAUUAAUAUGAUCAAAUUGCAAGAAUAUUAUAACAUAUUAUUAAGAAUGCAACCUGAAUUAGAGAUUUUGGCAACAGAAAAUAGUUUAUAAAUAACAAAGGAAUAAUAGAUAAUUGAAUCAUUUAAUCAUAAUAUUUAUAAGGAAUUUAAAGAUAAGAUUACAGAAUAUUCUGAAAAUAUCUUAACUAUUCUUUGGAGUAAAUAUUAUUCAAUGACGUCGAAUAUUCAUUUGUAUGAAAAUAAAAGUAUUAUUAAUAUAAUCAUUAUAAUUAGCUGAAAGUAUAGCUUAAUCUGAGAUAGUUGAAAAUAUUAGAAUAAGUAGAUCAUCAUCAUCUAAUACUUAUUCAGUAUUUAAUGAAAUUGAUAAUAUAAUAGCAAUGGGCUAACAUAUCAAUAAUAAUACAUCUAUCAAAUUGAAAAGUUAGAGUUAUGGUUACACAAAAUUUAAUUUGAUGAAUUAAGGAUAAUUAAGUAUUAGGUAUGAUUAAUUGGAAAAUUAAUAACAAUUGCCAGUAAUCACACCUCAUUGUAUUUUGGUCAUAAAAAAUUAAAAUAUCAUCUUGACUGCUGGAGAUAGUAAUACUAUAUUUGUUUGGAUACAUAAAAAAGAGUCUAAUCUAUGGAGAUUAGAAUCAUAGUUAGUAUUACCAAAUAAAGAAUAAUAAUAUAUUCAGUGUAUGGAAUUACUUUAUAAUCCUUUUAUAAGUGAAUCAAGAAAUAGUAAAUAAAGUUUUGCAAAUCUAAAGGUUUUAUUAAAUCCUAUCAUUGCUGUUUGUGGUCAAAAUAAUAUCUACAUUGUUUAAUUAGAUAUCAUGACUAAUUAAAUAACAAUACAAUGUCAUUAUACAAUAAGAGACCAAAAAGAAUAAGAAGUACACGCUGUUUAGCAAUGUUAAAUUAUUGGUAGUUAUAAUUAUUUCAUUGUUGGUAUGGAGAAAGGAACAAUGAUUUUAUUUAAUUAUAUUAUUAGUAUUGAUAAUACUUUUUCAAUUAGAAUUGAUUAAAUGAUCAAAUAACAUAAAGAUUGCAUUACAAGUAUUGAAAUUAUAGGUGAUUAAUUGAUUGCUGUUGCAAGUAAUGAUAGAUCUGUAACUAUUUGGUAAUAUUUUAAUAAUAAACUUAAAUUAUUGCCAAUCAAAUUGAAUAGAUUCUGGGAAGAUAUCUCAUGUAUUAGAUAAGUUUAUACCAAUUCUUUUAUUACAUUUGAUUCCAAUUUUAAUAUUACUUAAUGGUAUUUAGAAAAUUAAAAUAAAAUUGUUAUUAUAAACAGCCUUUAAUCCAGUAAAUUAAAAUAAGAAGUCUAAGAGGCAAUGAUAAUAAAUAAUCCAGAUAAUUCUUAAGAUUUUUGUAUUUUAUUACUCAUAAGAGAACAAAUAAAUAACUAUAAAAUUAUUAUUUUGGAUAGAUAUUUCUCAGUUGUAUCUUAGGAAUCUUUACCUUAAUAAUUUUAAAGUUAUUUGACCAUUACAAGAAAAAAGCAUAAUCAUUACAUUACAAAUUAUAAAAUGAGAAUAAUUAAUGAUUCAUUGCCAAACAAAGCAUUCAGUUCCUUUAUUGAUGUUAAGUAGAAUGAAAAAUAGCCCAAUUAAUAAUAAUAAUAAUAAUCUUUUACUUAAUAGUAACAAUUAAAUUAGAACAAGAAGGUUAGUCUUGCCAUCAUCAAUAAUAGUAAGACAAAUUUACAUUUUAUUGAAAUCUCUUACACUAUAGGGACUGAAUGA